UGUAAGAGGAAAUGGCCUUGCGAUUAGCAUUCAGAGGAACUUGUGAAAUGACACAGCUGUGCUGUAAAAACACCAUCCCACAGACUUUGCUGCCAGAGGAACUCAACAGCCAGCACUGUUGAGAGUGCAGGACUCUCCCGAGAGCAGGACUGCCCAAGCCAUGGAGCGAGAGCCGAUGCGCAUCAGGGAGGGCUACUUGGUUAAGAAGGGCAGCAUGUUUAACACCUGGAAGCCAAUGUGGGUUGUGCUCUUAGAAGAUGGAAUUGAAUUCUACAAGCGGAAGGCUGACAACAGUCCCAAAGGGAUGAUCCCACUAAAAGGAAGCUCUAUUCACAGCCCAUGCCAAGAUUUUGGUAAAAGAAUGUUUGUCUUCAAGCUCACUGUGGCCAAGCAGCAGGAUCACUUUUUUCAAGCUGCCUACCUGGAGGAGAGAGACGCCUGGGUGCGGGAUAUCAAGAAAGCAAUUCAUCACAUAGAUGGAGGCCAAAGGUUUGCCAGAAAAUCCACAAGAAAAUCUAUCAGAUUGCCUGAAACAAUCAAUCUGAGUGCUUUGUACCUCUCAAUGAAAGAUCCUGAAAAUGGAAUAAAGGAGUUGAAGCUGGAAAAAGAUAAAAGAGUGUUCAAUCACUGCUUUACAGGCACCUGUGUGAUUGACUGGCUGGUGUCCAGCAGCUCCAUCCGAAAUCGCAAAGAGGGUCUCCUGCUUGCCUCUUCCCUCCUGAGCGAAGGCUACCUACAGCCUGCUGGGGAUACAUCCAAGGCAGCUGCUGAGGGACUGUCAGACACCCCCUUCCUAGAUCUCAGUGAUGCCUACUACUACUUUCCAGACAGUGGAUUUUUCUGUGAGGGAUAUUCCAGUGAUGAUGAUGUGGUCCUAAAAGAAGAAUUCAGAGGCACAAUUGUCAAACAAGGAUGUUUGCUGAAACAGGGACAUCGGAGGAAGAACUGGAAAGUGAGGAAGUUUGUUUUAAGAGAUGAUCCUGCAUAUCUUCACUAUUAUGAUCCUGCUGGAGGAGAAGAACCACUGGGAGCAAUUCACUUGAGAGGCUGUGUGGUGACAGCAGUGGAAGAUAUGCCAGACACCAAGAAGUAUGAUGAUGAGAACAUCCUCUUUGAAAUCAUCACAGCAAAUGAAAUCCACUAUUACUUGCAAGCGGCCUCAUCCACAGAGCGUACAGAGUGGAUCAAAGCAAUCCAGUCAGUUGCUAGGACUGGUAAAUGAAGAUGAUCUUCCAACAAGAAGACAGAUAAAUUAAAUUAGUUACUCAAAACAGAAUUUAGCCUUUCACCAAGAGAAAGCAGUAUCAUCCCAAAGGGCACAAGCCCUGUGGGGUUGAAGACUGGGUAGAAGUUUCAAUUCUACAGUUGGCACUAACAAACUAACAUUUUUUCACUUGUGUUAUGGUAAUAUUUUACUAAAUUAUCACAUAGAACAUGCCAUAUUAGUGUGUGUUUCUUAAUCAGUCUGCCUUGAGAAGGCUGUACCUGUUGCCAUAGCUGAUAGUGGGAAUCUCACCAUUAACAGGGGACAGAGGCAUGGCACUGACAGAGAGGACCUCAAUUAAUCACCCUCUUCAGCCUGUGAUGUGUUUCAGGAUUUUCAUGUAUUUCAGUCUUCUCCAGACGAUUUUUUCACUUUCUUCUUUACCAGAUCAGGCUGCUGCUUGUUCACUGAUACAAAUAAUGACAUAGAUAUAAGGAAAAGAAGUAAUUUGGAAACCUGAUCCACUCCUUUAUAAUCUGUCAGCAUUAAGGGGGGGAAGAAUGCAGACAACUAUGGAAACACCAUGUGGAACUGAGUGUGAACCCAUGACAGCAGUAUGAGGAAAAGUCUCUCCCCACAGUAUUUCAAACACAAAGCAAUCUCACUUCAAACUCCCUAUCACCCAGUUUUAAGCCUUAGCAAAUUUUUCCACAACAAUCUGCCCUGGGACCAUUGUUUCUCUUUAUUUAUGUCUACAAGCAGAUGCUGGAUUGUCAUGUACUAUUUGAAUUAAGAAUCUUGCAGCAGAAGGGAAAGGAGGCAAGGGUUGGUUACUUGAACUACUGAUUGAAGUGGUUUCAAUUAGAUUUUCCUUUUUUAAUCUCUAGGAAUUUACUGAGUCCUUGAUUCUGUGCCUUAGUAAUCUAAGAGAAACCUUUUGCUUAUAACUGAAAUAAAAGUUUUUAUUUGAUAGGGUCAGUUCACCUGAUUAA